GUCAGUAGAGAGAGAGAGGGGAGAGAGGAAGAGAGAGAGGGAGGGAGAGAGAGAGGCGGCAGACACACAGUAUAAUGGUGGUUAGUGAGGAUUCGGUAGACACAGCUUCAAAAUUCGCCUCUAAACUCGCCCGCUUCGAACUCCUCAGCAAGCGCACCCUGCCUUUUCGCCAUCCUGACUUCUCCGAUGACCAAAUCCGUCAGCUAACAGACAUCACCAGGUCCUACCGCUCCUCCUCCUCCGUGGGGUCCAAGCGCUCCACCUCCAGGCCCCCUUCAGGAUGCUCCUCCCCCAUCCUGUCCCCCACGGUGCAGCGCCUGAGGUCAGAAGGAUUCCCACCCCUCGCCCGCUGCGGAUCUGACCCACUCCUGCACGGCGCGCCCCCCCCCGCAGCACGCCAUGAACACAGGCUCUCUCCCCGCUGACCUCCUGCCCCCCUGCCCCUUCCUCUCCCUCCCCCACCCCGCGCCCUCACCACCACCACCACCACCACCAGCGACGCCACCAUCACCACCACCGCAGGGUUAAAUCCACAGAUUGCUGCUGCCAGAGGUUGGUGUUCGGUUAGAUUAGGUUAGUAUGCCUCUGUUUUGUCAUAUUUAUAGCUACUGACGGACAGGCAGACAGACAGGCAGAUAGACAGACACACAGACAGACAGACAGACAGAUAUAUGUAUUACUGUGGUUUGCAAA